GACCCGCCAUGUUCGAGCGCUUCAGUCUGCGCUCGCACCUCAAGCUGUCAACUUUAAUCUGCCUCGCCCGGAACCCUUCGUAUUAUUCGCUAUUUUAGACUGUUCUCUAAAAUAUCAUCCCGUCGGAAUUAAUAGAUGAGUUGUUGAACUUUAUCAGCGCAUAAUCGUUGAUAUCGAUUCCAAAAUGACUCAAAAAGCUGCUGCUCUCCAGACCUACAACAACGAACUAGUGAAGUGCAUCGACGACCUGAGCAAGAAACGAGAGGAGCUGAACCGUCAGAUCAAGCAGGAGGAGCAGGAGAAGGAACGGCUGCAGUAUGAUAUCAGGGUCCUCACAGAGAAGUUGAGCAGAGUCAACGAGAGUCUGGCACAGAGAUGCGUCACCCGCAGCAACCUGGACCGCACCAUUGCGGAGACUGAGGCUGCGUACACAAAGAUCCUGGAAAGUUCACAGUCACUUCUGACCGUGCUGAAGCAGGAGGCGGGUAACCUGAGUAAAGCCACUGAACCGCGCAGGAAAGACCAUUGAUGGACACUUGAUUUAUGCUAUUGACCGACACUUUAUUUUAUUGUAUCUGAGAGAUAUGUACAAAACUAUUGAAAUAAACGCACAUUCCAA